GCCGGCCCCGCCCCGGAGGCCGGCACGCUGGCUCGCUCGCUGCCGGGGAACAUGGCCGAAGUCGGGGAGGACAGUAGCGGGGCGCGGGCUCUGCUGGCGCUGCGCUCGGCGCCCUGCAGCCCCGCCGCCGCGCCCCCUCCCGGGCCGCCGCCCCCGGCCGCGCCGCCCGCCGCCUGCACCGGGCCGGUGCUGGCGCGGCUGCAGGGCCGCGAGUUCGAGUUCCUCAUGCGGCAGCCGGCCGUCACCAUAGGCCGCAACUCCUCGCAGGGCUCGGUGGACGUCAACAUGGGGCACUCCAGCUUCAUCUCGCGGCGGCACCUGCAGCUCAGCUUCCAGGAGCCACACUUCUACCUGCGCUGCCUCGGCAAGAACGGCGUCUUCGUGGACGGCGCCUUCCAGCGCCGCGGCGGCCCGGCCCUGCAGCUCCCGCCGCAAUGUACUUUCCGAUUCCCUAGCACGGUUAUAAAGAUCCAGUUCACAUCUUUAUACCAUAAAGAGGAAGUAAAAGAGGAAGCCUCAACACAUCCCCUCCGGCCACUUUACCCUCAAAUAUCACCUCUGAAGAUCCACAUCCCGGAGCCGGAUCUCCGGAGCGUGGUCAGCCCCCUCCCAUCCCCCACAGGCACUAUCAGUGUUCCCAACUCUUGCCCAGCCAGUCCACGUGGUGCUGGAUCCUCAGGAUAUCGUUUUGUUCACAACAUUACCUCGGAUCUGCAGCUGGCAGCAGAGUAUGCGGCAAAGGCAGCGUCAGAGCAGCAGGCAGAUGCAUCUGGCGGGGACAGCCCAAAGGAUGAAUCCAAGCCACCCUAUUCUUAUGCUCAGCUAAUUGUGCAGGCUAUAUCUUCAGCACAGGACAGGCAAUUAACACUAAGUGGGAUCUAUGCCCACAUUACCAAGCAUUAUCCAUAUUACAGGACUGCUGACAAGGGCUGGCAGAAUUCCAUUCGGCACAACCUCUCCUUGAACCGUUACUUUAUUAAAGUCCCACGCUCCCAAGAGGAGCCUGGAAAAGGCUCCUUUUGGCGAAUUGACCCUGCCUCUGAAGCCAAACUUGUAGAACAAGCAUUUAGAAAAAGAAGGCAAAGAGGAGUGUCCUGCUUCCGAACACCUUUUGGGCCUCUCUCCUCCAGGAGUGCUCCUGCCUCCCCUACUCACCCUGGCCUGCUGUCCCCUCACUCUAGUGGCCUACAGACUCCAGAGUGCCUGUCACGGGAGGGCUCACCCAUUCCGCACGAUCACGACUUUGGGUCAAAGCUAGCCUCAGUUCCAGAGUAUCGGUAUUCCCAGAGCGCACCCGGAUCUCCAGUGAGUGCCCAGCCAGUGAUUAUGGCUGUUCCUCCCCGCCCAUCCACGCUGGUGGCCAAACCAGUGGCCUACAUGCCAGCAUCCAUAGUGACUUCUCAGCAGCCUCCAUGCCACGCAAUCCACGUCGUUCAACAAGCUCCCACUGUCACCAUGGUCCGAGUGGUGACCUCCUCUGCCAACUCUGCCAACGGAUACAUCCUCACAAACCAGGGCACAGCAGGAGGAGCUCAUGAAGCUGCAGGAGCAGUGUUGGACUUAGCUGGUGACCACCGAGGCAUGGACGAGAAGCCAACGAUCGCGUUUGCCACCAUCCCCGCGGCCAGCCGCGUCAUCCAGACAGUGGCCAGCCAGAUGGCCCAGGGUGUCCCUGGUCAGACUGUCACCAUCCUGCAGCAGGCAGCUCCCGUGGCCCUGGGGCAGCACCAGCUCCCGGUGCGCGCCGUCACCCAGAACGGCAAACACGCCGUGCCCACCAACAGCAUCGCCGGCAGCGCCUACGCUCUUACAAAUCCACUGCAGCUCCUUGCAGCCCAGGCCAGCUCGUCCACUCCUGUUGUAGUCAGCCGGGUCUGCGAGCCAGGGACCGAAGAGACGGCAGCAGCCUCCUCCAGUGAACCCGAAGUGAAAAGAGCACGGAUAGAGGAGCCCAGUGGAGCAGUGCCAGCCCAGACUGGAGUCAUCACAUCCACAGUGCCACAGGGACAGGCAACCAGUGAAUGAAGAAGCGGUGGGAGGAGCUGGAGUGAUGGCGGGGUGGGCAUGGGAUGGCAGGAGCCCUAAAGCAGCUUUCACAGGAAACCAACCACAACUGUAACAGCUCAGAACACAGCUGGUAAAGAGCUCUUUUUAAAGGCAGAUUUUUCAAUGGGAGGACAACAGCUGUUAGAAUCACAAGGUGCCAAAAAGAAUGGAAAAUCCCUCCCAAGAACCCAUAUCUGGAACUCUGUUCUGUCUCUACUUAUGGGAUAUUUUUUUCCUUUUUCAUUUUUUUUUUAAGAGUCAAAAAAAUACAGACAACUGAUUGUAUGACUGCUGGGAUAUUAUUAACUAUCUUUUCCCCUUUUGGCUCCAAGGGGAUGGGAUUUGCAGUUCAGAAUCUAAAGGAAUGUAAUACAAAUACAGUCUGCUCCCUGGAAAGAAAACUCUUCACGUUGUAUGCCUUAAUACCACACUUCUGAGAGCUUUGAACCAUAGGACUGAUUUAAAAAGGUCACCUAAGGCAAUCAAAUGCUGAAAGAUGGGUGCAGUAUCUCAAAACAAUUUUAAGGAAACAUGGUACCAAGCUUAAAAAAAGCAGCAAAUGAUUCUGGUUUUUUAAAACAAAAAAUUCUGAAUAUAAAUGUUUAUUUAUAUGGGGAUUCAGGAGGAAGAGUUACAGGGCUCAGCCACCUGGAUUUCCAGAUGCAAUUUCUCUCCAUUCCCUCUGAGGGAGAAUAGGAGGCCAGAGGAACUGUAUUAACAUGGUUCCUGUAAAGAUGUUAAAAACAAAGGGGUUUGUAUCUUUACAAAUAAUUUCUUACAAUUAUUCAUCACUUGCUCUGGAGAACAGCCAAAGUAUCUUGAUGCCUGAGGAUCACAUGGGGAAGGGGUAUCUCCAGGAGGUUUUGUGUGCAUUUGAUUGAUCACAGCUUGUGUGCAGCACCAGCUUUUGUUAAAUUAGCACUGUGGGUGAAGGCAUGGCCACUCUUUGUGAACUUUAGAAAAUCCUGGUUGAUGUUCUGCACUAAAGCAGUCACCUACACCUCCUGCUGGUGGUGGGGUCCUGAGCUUGAGGGACUGUGAUCAGGAGCUGACCCUCUUCCAUGGCUACCAGCAAAAUUCCUGUGUUAUUCUUUGGAGAGAGAACUUCAGGGCUUGGAUGAGAGGCAGCAGAGGUCAUACCAUGGUUCAUUCAGAUUCUGUCAAGGUGUUGUAGACCAAGACAAAAGACUUCUCUUUUAUUUUCCAUGUGGCAAAACUCACUGGAGGUCUUCAAACAGUUUUACCAGAAUUGAUUUGGAGGUUUGCUUUCAUUGCUUGGCUCCCUCUCCCAUCUCUCCUGCCUUGAGGACCAUUUGGGCUGGCCAGCAGGAGGAGGCCUUUACUCAAACUGUAUUCCAGGCUCCUCACGUAGCACAAGGAUCUCUUCUGGGGAAGGCAGAUCUGACUCGCAUCAGCAGUGGGUGCCUGUGACAUCUUAUGUGGCAAAGAAAUCCCGUGCCUGUAGCCUCCAGCAAACCCCUUUGGCUUUACACCCUUUGCAGUCCCCUUGGCUAACAUGUCUUCUGGCAGCACAGAGAUUUUUUUAAUUUAGCAAAUGUUACAGCUUUGGCAGUGACAAGAGAGACUUAGGAGGGGUGGGCUGUGCCUCUGCUAUCCCCCAUCUGUACUGGUUUGCUGUCCUGUGCAGUCUGACAAGGCAGAGGGGCUAAACCUACUGCAGAAACACUGCAAAAAGCCUUCCCCAGUGUGCAUAAAUGAUACUGUCAGCAUAUCCAUGGGGAUUAGGGGUAAGGCUCAGCCCUUCAGUGCCUGCUGGAAUCUGGAGAGGAAAUCCACAAGGUAACAGCUGGCAUCACUUGUUCCCUUCUAGGUUUCCUUUGUCUUUGCCAAAUCCUAUUCAAUAACCAAUUCUCACCACUUGAAUAAAACCCAGACAUGUUUAAUUCUCAAGUCCAUUGUUCUGUGAGAAAUAUUGCUGAAAGAAGGAAAAGAAUUUCUUGAUCUCAUGAUUUGCGGUUACUUUCUGCGGAGAGAGGUACAUAAAAUAUUCAUGACAGAUCAUUUAUCUCAGCUGGGCUUUCAGAAUUCAGGUGUGUGCCCUUAGUGACAAGUUAUUAAAUAGGAUUUUAGUACUUUGAAAUGGUUUUGUGAAGGAGAAUUGUUAGAGACCACAAAGUAAUUGAAGCAGGCUGGCCUCCAGCUGUCCUGUCUCCCGCUAGGAAGGCAAGGUGUGGUGCAGUGGAAAAGCACAUGGAUUAGCUCUGUUUUCUGUAGCCUUUUCAAAGCCAGGAGUCAAUAAAAUGAACUUCAAGGCAGAAGGCACAAGUGAGAGUGCAGCACAGUCUGUGAUGAGUCAUUACUUUCGGGUGACUGCUGGUUUAGGUACAGGCACGCCUCUGAAGCAGCCCCGAGGCUGGGGAGCGCUCCGGAAGCACAGGAGUCCUCGGCUUUCCAGAAUGUUGGGUGAGUCAGAGCAAGAUGAAAAACCAACAUAACACUGCUCAGGAUGUGGAGCUGCCAAGAAUCUGUGGAUUCUUCUUUGCUGAUGCUUUUCUCUCGAAGAGUCUAAAUAAUUAAGCCCUGAACUUCUGUAAACUGAUCCAGCACCAAAGACAUCAGCUGAGUGACGAUGUUUUCAUCCACCAUAAAGCUGCUGCUUUAUAGAUACUCUUGAAAGUCCAUCCUCAUGUGUAGAUCUGCCUCCUGAGUAUUUAGAACAGAAUAACACUUGCUCUUCUUUUUGUGGCUCACAAUGCCUGCUGGUUCAAAUGGGAGUUGAGGAAAAGCAAAUAUCUUUGUUCUAUUCACCCUUUCUGCUUGAGAUGUCAGGAACUUGUCAGUUCAUCCUGUCAGGGGUUUUUGCUUUAUCUGUCUGCUCCAUCCCUCUGCUACUGUAGGAAGCAGUCCCAUCACUUGCAGAUUUUUUUUGGUAAGUUUGCCUAAACAUAGCCUGGUACCAGGUAAAAUAACUGUUCUUGCUAAAUCGUGUUGAGAGCUGUGGGAAAGUGUGGUCCUCAUCCAGAACAAGUGAGAUGAAGACAGCUUGUUUCAAGCCUUAAGAUGAAUUCUUUCAACACUGCUCAGUCUCUAAGACAGCACCAUUCUUUGUGCAUACCAGUCCUGGUUCUCCAGGCUGCAGAGGCAUGAAAAUUCAUGUGGUGCUAGAAUUAAGUCUUCAACUAGAAAGAAAAUGUUUACCUUAAUGGUUAUAUGCAGUAAUUGAAUUAUUUUAAAUUGAUAAUCUGACUUGUUUUUAUUGUCUAAAAAGUUGCAUCUCAUCUUUAAUUACAUUAACUAAAGAAGGUUUGAGGGGAAGUGAAGGUGGAGGCUUCACUGGAUUUUCUGCUGUCUGUGUAAUGAAGGUCGAGGCAUAUUGAAUAUUUAAACUGCAAUAACUUAGACCUGGGAAAAGUGUACAGCUAAGUUCUUAAUGUAUGAAUUCACUUUCCACUAUUCCCUAUUGAUUUUUUUUUCCACCUCAGGCAAUGACAUUGACUAAUUUUACUUUGAUCAGUUAGUUUAUAGCAACUUUCUUUGCCCCAGUUUGCAGGAGUUGAAUGCAGUCAUUCUUUGUUUUAUUCCACUGGAUUUCCAUGUUGUUUGUCUUGACCUUGGCUCUUAUGAUACAAAAAGCUUUUUAGAGAAAGAUCAAUUUAAUCUGAUUUAGUGAUAACACAGCACAGUGCUGAGCACAAAAUUGAAGUUCAUGAUUAGCUCAUAUAUUCUUCUCAACUCUUUUCCCUUCCCAUAUUCCUCCCUCCCCCAUGCCAUUAAUGCUGUCCCCUGUAGCAUAUCCAGUCAUUUUUAUCCACUGACAGGAGCAGCACCUUGCAUUAAGCUCUGCCUGAGGACUCAAGGAUGAAAAUACCUGUGGAAUACAUGGAGCUCCAGAGCAGGUUGAGAAAGGUCAAUUUGGUCACCCUGUAUUCAUUUUCAUGCUGUGUUCUAGACAUGUUACUGUUAGGCAGAGCGUAUUCAGGAGAGUGUUUUCAGAGAUGUUAAAGCUUUUGUAAGAGGAAAGAAAUAAUAGCUAAAGCUCUUACAGUGCUUCUGCCAUCAGUGUCAUGGUCUAGCUUCAUAUUUUGGGGGGAGUAAACUUGAUUUUGCAUGUUUGGUGUUGUGUACUGACUUAGAGUUGUCAUUCAGAGUUAAUUUCUAAAUUUUUUUUCCCUUUAUCAGUAGGGAAAUGCCCACAAUUGAAUGAAAUUUGAAGCACAGAAGGCUAGGGCCCUGUAUCUAAGCAAAUGAGAGCAUCUGACCUGAACUCCUGCAGAGUGGUGUGGAACACUUCUCCUGCCUGCUCGGGGUGUUCAGUUGGUGUUGCAGCUUUUCCUCUGUGUUAGCAAGGGGGUAUUUAUUUGGUAUCACUGGUGUGUGCUAGUGUGUAAGUGAAUGUCAAAAUGUAGGGUGAAAGGAGAAGUGUUUCCCUGCUAUACCUGGGUUUGGGGAUCUUGGAUGACACGGAUUUCACCUAGCAGCAGUUCUGUAGCUUUCCUUAGAGGAUCCACUCUCACCACACAAGGUGAAAACUUCUCAGCAACAUGAGAAGAAUUUCCCAUGCAGCUGAAUUUGUUCCCUGCCUCUGAGGAGAACCCAACUCUGCCUCCUCUGCAUGUUGCAGAUAGGUACUUGAAGAUUCCUGUAAGAAUUUUCCAGUUUGCUUCCUUCUCUUAAGGCUGAACCAGCCUGGUUGUCUUGGUCUCUUUUUUGUUCAUCAGGUGGAAUUCCUGGAUGGGUUGGAAGAGGAAUCCUUUUCCUUGGCCUGGUAGCUGCACUUUUGCCAGUACAGCCCAGUACCUCCUUGUUCUCUUGCUGCAAGACAAAUCUAAGUGUAAGGAACAAAUCACAGAGUGAACUGGAUUGCAUUUGUGCAGAUGCAGCCAUGUUGUCCCUGUCUUCCAAGGGACAGUCCUAGCUUGGGUCUUAUUGAGCAGGAAGCAGCACUGAAGGAUCCUGAUCACUUUUAAAGAUAUCUGUGCUUUAUCUUAUCAAGGGAUAGUUUCAAUCCAGUGCAGAACUUGCCUCGAGUUUCUACCUGCUGCAAAAUCUUUGAGGUUUUUAAGUCCUGCUAAUAAUAAGUUGGACUAGGGCAUUAAGAAUGAACCUCUAAUGGAACAGGACUUGCUUCAUAAUUUUGCCCUUGCUGCACAGUGAGUUUUUGAGUUUGCAAAUGCCAUCCUGCAGCAAGUGAUCUGUCUUCUCUUGCCAGCCAGUCUCUUGGGCAGCUCCUGUUUCUUCUCCUCAUCAGUUUUCCCCCUCUAUUUGUAGUUAUUUCUGUCAACUCCAGAGUCCUUUAAUCCAACUCCUAAUUUAAUUCCAUUGCUUGAAGCUCUGCAUCUGGCGAGGAUUCUUGUGUUAGGUUGCAGUUACACGAGUAAACAAUCUGUUGUAGAACUUUUUGUGUCCUUCUGGGUGAAAAAUUAUGCCCAAGCUGCUGCUACUAUGGCAUACACUACUGCUGGGAAGUGGAGCUUGCUGUGGAGCCAGCUGUGCUGCACAACAGUCACACUACAAGGUCACCUGGACUGCUGGAGCUGGUGGCAUUGGGAGGCAAUGCCAUCCUGCAUGUUGAUCUGCACCUGAUCAAAACGUGGCUGGGGAAUCUCUCUGGGCUGCCUGGCAGCUGUCAGGCUGGGAUUUGUUAGAUCAGCAUCUCUCUCUGUGCUGGGUGGGUUGUUUGCAGGUCAGUGCACUGUUUGUGGAUCCAGGUGUGGGUGUAUUCCCAUGCCAUAAUCAGCAGUGGGAAUUCUGUAGCUGUGAGGGUGGGCUUUCUCUGUUGGGGUGUUUUUCAUGGGGCAAUACUACACCAGGGAGCAUUUUACUUUGGCCUGAGCAAGAGAUUUUGAAAAAUACCUGGUUUUCUUGGAGCACUAUAUUUAAAUUCCAAAUUUUUAAUCAAUUUCUGACGUUUGUAUUUAUGUGUUUGGAAAAUUCUUUUGAUACCUUUUCAAUUUACCAACACUGAAUUAAAACCUUUCAGAAUGUAUGGUUGGUCCUCUCCUUAUGUCACUUUAAGUUUCAGAGCACGAGGGUAGUUGUGCCAAAUCUACUCCUUUGCUCUCAAGACAGAAAAAAACCAUUGACAAUUCAUGGGUGGCAGCUAAGGAAGAAACCCUUUAAAUAUUUUUUUUCUGAGAAUAUUAAAUUAGAUCUGUGUAAACAUAAAAUUUAUAUUUAUUAAUGUGUGAGUGUGUGAGCGUGUGUGUCAAUAUAGAUAUAUAAAUGGUCCACGACUAUUUCUUUCUCUUGAAUGGUACUUACACAGACUUUUAUACAGCAUGUUGGUAAAUUCCUGCACCAGGCACUGACUCUGAAAGAACCAUGAACCCAUUUUUGUAAAGAAUGUGAGCAGCCAGUGGAAGCAGCUUUACGUCAGUGAUUGCUUUCAUUCCUCUCGCACAGCAGAAGAGGCAACUUGGUACUUGCAUCUUCCUUGUGUAGGAUCCCUGCUUCUGGCCUUGUCCUGCUUUCAGCAACCCCAGUCCACCCUGCUUUUCUGGCAAGAAAACCCCCCAAAUGGCACUAAUGACAGCUGGAAUCCUUUCUUGUCUGCAGUGCUCUCUAGAUGCAGUAUCAGGGAGUUCUUUACAGGUUCUACUCUGUAAGUAAUGGGACCUUAUUUCUAACGGAGGAGAUUUGUGGGGUGUCCACGAGGAUGCUGUAAGGCUGAGGAGUUCCUCCCUGUCAGGUGGCUAAGCUGACACUGGGGCACUGGGAAAUAGUUUCUUCUCCUCUGUGGUGAGAUUAUUUUCCUUUUUUCAUGCUUCUGUCUCUUUGUAGGGUGAGGUGUGUCUAGAUCUCCUUAAAAACACAGAAGAGUUUUUCUAAUGUUUCCAUUCACAGGGAGUAAAUUUUACUAAACUGGCCAAAGUUCAGGUGUGGUUUAAUUCCACAAGGAUCACUAAAUUCAGAGAAGGGUGUAUUUUGAACCACUUGGAUCUUCUGAGAAUAAAAGCAGGUGAUAUUUGACUUCCUAACCCUAAUUGCUCUUCCAGGAGCAGAAAUUUUCUGUGAGGAUCCGAGUGAAAGCUUCACCUCAGCAAUCACUGGCUGGUGAUGGAGCUUCAGUCCUGCAGGGAGGACAGGGUUGGUGAUAGGAGGAGUGACCAGCAUAGGAGCAGUGAAAGGAAGCAGCUUUCCUCCUCAUCCAGCAGAAAACAGCUCCUGUGAAACCCAGAGUUCCACUAAUAAUUUGGUUUUUGCCUCGUGUCUGCUGCCAAGUUAUGCUGUGAUCUGGGCCUCUCUGUCCUGCUUCUACCCCACCUCAGCUUCACUUGAAGCAGUCUCAGACAGAGCCUUCCUUAAAGCUAAGGGCAAUGGUGAGGAGAAAUGUCUGGUAGCUGAAGAAAAAUGAGAUUUAAAUGGAGCAGAAAAAGUGAGAAUUCCUUCUGUUUCACUGUCUUGCUGCUAAAAGUCUGGUGCAGAACAUCCUGAUGUUCUGCUGAUUUAUAUGCUGCUCUUGGGAGGUGGGCAGGCUGCUAAGUUGGCUCUGUAGCAAUGGAAUUACUGUAAACCUAAACUUGCUUAAUCUCUCCUUUUUUUCUCUCUCAAAUGGGCUUGAAGUAGAGGGAAACAGAGUAUUGUUUGUAAGAUCUUUUUGCUUUAAUAGAAAACAGAAUGUAAAAAAAGGAAAAACCAACAAAAGCGAAACCAAACUCAUUCAAAUAUAGCGAUACAGAAAAUGACUUUAAAAUAUGAAAAUCUUACCAUAUGUUGUGUUGGGUUCUGGACAUGCUGUUUGUGCUGAGGCUGGCCUUGUCCAGCCUGCCAGCCAACCUCCACAUAGCCAAAAAGAGCAUUUUAAGAGUCUGUAGCUAUCCAAAGGACUGUUAUCCAAAGGACUGUUAAAAGCUGUUUAGGGAUAAAUCAAAAGCUGUGCAUGAGCAACGGAUGGUAAAGCUGGAGAUUCAGAUCCAACUCUGAAUAAUUGCUCUAAUAAAAAACAAAUCCAGAAGAAUCCGACUCUCCCCCUGUUGUGCAGAUGCUCAUUCCCACCGAGUCCCCGGGGAAGGCUGAGAGGAGAACCUGAAAUACCUCAGUGGCUUCACAGAAGGGUUUGCUGCAGAGAUCUGGGCCAGCCUUACCCCUUUCACCUCGGUUUGGCACUUAUUUUAUAAAAUAAGAAGGUGAUGGAAAGGGGAACCUAAAGCCAUGCUUGCAUUUCAGUUCCUGGUGUUGCCUGUGCAAGACACCUCCAGCCAGAUGUUUUGGGGUUUGUGGGGUUGGUUUUUUUUACAGCUGAUAUGAAAAGUUGUUUUUCUUUUUUUUUUUUUUUUUUUUGUGACUUGUUUUCGUUACCAGUGCUUUUUAAAAAGCAGGUGUGUAUCCCAAGGGGGAAGCUCCGUGUGGGGCAGUGGAUGUGAAGUUCAUGCUCUUUCUCUGGCCAUGUUGCAGCCCUGCUCCUGUGAGAUGCUCAAGGCAGCCGUGGCUCCCACCAGGGUGUGGGAUCCUGCAUGCAAGGAGCAGGACCUGUCUUUCCACAUCACAUGGGAUACAGUGGUUUCGUUUGUUUGUUUUUUUAAUAUAGAGCCAUACAUUUUUUUAAGUAAUUUGAGAUCUGAAUGUGAUUUCUAAUGUAUCGAGAACGUUAAUAUUUUAAAGCUAUAACAAAGGUUUAAAUUUCUACUUUUUUUUUUUUCAUUUAUUUUAACUGUUCUGUUACCUUAAUUUGAUGUAUGUGGUUGGGGAAUGUUGCUUCUCCUCUUAGCAUUUGUUUCUAUAACCAGAAAUAAAAUUAUAUAUGAAAGAGAAAA